GGAAAAAGGAAGAGCACUUGAGAUGGAACUGCUACGUUUUGUAACUUUUGCAGUUUCUUGUCAAAUUCCGUAGUUUAAGGAUUUUUGCUGGUGUCUUUAUGAUUUGAAUAAAAUAUGCGGCUAUUUCUGGAUUUAUUGCUUUCUUUUCGAUUCUUCGUUCUUCUGUAUCUGCUUCCAUCAUGUUUGGCAUUUCAAUUGACGAACUUUGGUCCUAAAAAUUAUGCUCCUGACGAGCUUGUUGAUACAACGGUGAACACUAUUUCUCCGUCUUAUGGUGCUGAACACGGAUCUGACAUUUUUAACUAUGAAUACUAUGAUAAUCGAUUUCAUUUUUGCCGACCCGAUUCGAUUAUUCAACAGCCUGAAUCUCUUGGAAGCGUCUUAUUUGGCGACCGUCUUUACAAUUCUCCUUUGGAAUUGAGAAUGCUUAAGAACGCUUCUUGUGUCCCACUUUGCGCAUCCAACAUUUCUAAGUCAGAUAUUCAAUUCUUGAAAGAUUUGAUUUCUCAGAACUAUGUGGUUCAUUGGAAUAUCGAUAAUCUCCCUAUUGCUACUUAUGCGGAAUCUGUAGACUCUAAUGAGUAUUUGUUGACUCCUGGAUUUCCACUAGGAAGAGUUACGGAAGAGGGUAUAAUCCUCUACAAUCACUAUAAUAUUACUAUAGAAUAUCAUACCAGCGCUGAAAAUCAACAUCGAGUUGUAGGUGCCUAUUUAAAACCGGUGUCCCGCAAAUCUAAUUUUGAAAAUGGCAAUGCCGUAUGCUCCACGUCUACUUCUUAUGAAAUACUACCUGAGCACGAUGAUUUAGACUUUGUCACCUCCUUUUCAGUAACUUGGAAGUAUUCCGACACUCCUUGGGCUACUCGUUGGGACAAGUAUAUGCACGGGCCCUCCAACCAAGUUCGAUGGAUGUUUUUAUUGUACUCUGGUAUUUUUGACACCUUUUUGAUUUUUAUUGUUUGCCUCAUUUUGUUCCGUACUUUAAACCGCGACAUUAAUAAAUACAACAGCGCCUUUUUGGAUCAAGAGGACGUUCAAGAAGACUUUGGUUGGAAAUUGGUUCAUGGUGAUGUAUUCCGUCCUCCUCGUAGACCCAUGCUCUUUUCCAUUCUUCUGGGUAACGGUGCUCAGUUAUUAUUCAUGACCUCCGCUAUCAUCCUGUUGGCUAUUUUCGGGUUCAUUGCUCCCUCACGUCGUGGUAGCCUUGCGACAGCCGUAGUAGCUCUCUUUAUUGUCUCUGGUUUCGUCUCAGGUUUUGUUUCUUCAAUUUCUUACAAACUUAUGCAAGGCAUGUUGAGAAAGAGAAAUCUUUUGUUGACCCCUUUUGUUGUUCCUGGAUUCUUGUUAGCAGGGGCUCUGUUUUUCAACAUAGUUUUCUCGGUUAAAAAUUCGUCUUCAGCAGUGCCAUUCACAAGCUGGCUGCUACUGAUCGUGCUUUAUUUAGUAUUUACUGUACCUUUAAGCUUUGCGGGAUCAUUGAUUGGAUUCCGAUCCAGAGAAUUUGUUCCUCCUGUAAGAACAAACCAAAUCCCUCGUCAGAUUCCUACUCAAAGUAUAUGGAUUUCCAGUGCAUCGUCUGCCCUUAUUGGUGGAUCCAUUCCUUUUGUCGCCAUAUUAAUUGAGCUUUACUUUAUUCUUGAUAGCUUGUGGUUCCAUCCCCUGUAUUUCAUGUUUGGCUUUUCAUUCUUCUGUUUUGGUAUUCUAAUUACAACUUGUGUUAUGGUAUCAAUCAUCACAGUGUAUAUCCAACUAUGUACCGAGAAUUAUAACUGGUGGUGGCGAUCUUUCAUUACACCUGGUUUUUGCGGUGUCUAUGUUUUCGUAUUUUCUAUUAUUUAUUGGCUUAAUAGAAUCUCCUCGACUUCCUUUGCGACUACACUCCUAUACUUUGGCUACAGUCUAAUGAUUUCUGUUCUAGUCUUCUUUUUGUGUGGUUCUGUGGGUUUCUUUGGCUCUUUUCUCUUUGUAAACAGAAUUUAUGGUUCCAUUAAAAUAGACUAACGAAUUGGACAGUUUAACAACUGAAUAUUUAUUAAUAUAUGAUGUUAAUGACGGCAAACUUGAUUUUGUAUAUAGAAUGAAACAUUAAAAUUGAAUAUUUUUUUCUGAAUUCCUUUAUCA